AUGAAUUCACAUAUGCUUGUUCUUCCUCUUAUUCUUCAAAUUUUCAUUGCUCUGUUUUCCUCAACCCCUGCAGUAGCAGCUAACUCAAAACUUUUUAGAGAAUAUAUAGGAGCUGAGGACAAGGGUGUUACGUUUUCAGAUGUACCCAUCAAUUCACAAGUAGAUUUUCACUUCAUCCUCUCCUUUGCUAUUGACUACACAAACUCUUCAAUUCCUUCCCCCACCAAUGGUGAUUUUGGGGUUUACUGGGAUACAGAAAACCUCAGCCCUUCUCAUGUAUUCUCCAUCAAAAGCCAGCAUCCGAAUGUCAAGGUAGCUAUGAGUCUUGGGGGUGAUACGAUAAAUGAUGAGCAUGUAUACUUCAGCCCCAAAACAAUCAAUUCUUGGGUUCGAAAUGCCAUUCAUUCCAUAACAGAGAUAUCAAGAAAGUACAAUUUGGAUGGAAUUGACAUCGACUAUGAACACUUCCAUGCAGAUCCUGACACAUUUGCUGAGUGCAUUGGACUUCUUGUUCUGCUCCUAAAACAAAAUGGGGUGGUGUCGUUUGCAUCAAUAGCACCCUAUAAUAAUGAUUCCGUGCAACCGCAUUACUUGGCCUUGUGGAGUAAGUAUGGGCAUCUAAUAGACUAUGUCAACUUUCAGUUUUACGCUUACCAUAAGGGGACAACUGUUUCUCAAUUUUUGAAAUACUUUCAUGAACAGAGCUCUAACUAUAGAGGUGGUAAGGUCUUAGUAAGCUUUGGUACUGAUGGAAGUGGAGGUUUGUCUCCACAAAAUGGGUUCUUCAAGGCCUGUAGCAGGCUUAAGCGUCAGGGGAAACUUCAUGGCAUAUUUGUUUGGUCAGCGGAUGACUCCAAGAAAGCUGGUUUCCUCUAUGAGAAGCAGUCACAGACCUUGUUGGCCAGAUCAACAUGA